AUGAGCUCAGAUGGCUCAUCCAAGUCAUUGAAACGCGUAGAUGGGAUUAUGUACAAUGCUCAAACUGGAGUAUCAUACCGAGCCAAAGUCCCGUCGACGCCCGAGAAUCAAGCCAAUGGUGUCCUCACAAUAGUCAAGCAACUCAGAGCGCUAUCUGGCGACUCUCCGGUCCUCUCUUCGUUUCACCAUGGGACGACAGUGGCAACCAACGCCCUUCUUGAGGGAACUGGCGCCAAAGUCGCCCUUAUAGUAACUGAGGGAUUUCGUGACACGCUGGUGAUCAAGCGCUCACAAGUCCCAGGCGGCCUUGGAGCUUGGGUUGUUCACCCCAAGCAACAACCUAUCGUGUCAUUGGAACUUGUAGGUAGCCUAUUCCGUCAUAUCUUUCUGUUUAUUCUCCUCGAGACCGUCAGUGCCCCAGGGCGGAUUGCCAUCGAUGGGUCAGAAGUGCGGCCAUUUGAAAAAGAAGUGUUUCGACAAAGGCUCGCGUCGCUGAAACGUCAGCGACCAGAAGCAGUUACAGUGUCUUUUAUCAACAGUUUCGCCAAUAAUUCGCACGAAAUUGACGCGGCUUCUGUUCUCAAAGAAGAAUUUCCAGGUGUUCCCGUUACCCUCUCCAGCGUGAUUCUCCCUGAACUCAUGGAGUAUGAGCGGACCCUUACCGCCGUAGUAUCAGCAAUGGUCCGCCCUAAAGUGCAGAAAUAUCUUGAUUCCCUGCAAACGGAGCUGGGCAACAUGGAAAUCCGCGUCUUGCGAUCCGAUGGUGGGCUUGCGAGUCCUGCUCUCGCCAAGGAGUUUAGCUGCAAUCUUAUAUACUCGGGCCCGGCUGGUGGAGUCGCUGGAGUGGCCCAAACCAUAGCACGGAAGACGAGGUAUAAGGAUUUGUUAAGCUUCGACAUGGGAGGCACAUCAACCGAUGUGUGUCUCAUUCAAAAUGGUGUGGCCAGUCUUCGACGGGAAACAACAGUCGGGGAUCUAACGAUCAGAAGCCCAUCCGUAGACGUUCGUACUGUUGGCGCGGGAGGCGGUAGCAUCGCGCAUGUACCUGAGGUGACAAAAGCUUUGCGAGUUGGGCCCGAAAGUGCAGGUGCUGUUCCUGGUCCGGCUGCCUACGGCAAAGGAGGGAAAAAUGCAACUGUCACUGAUGCCAACGUCGUUCUCGGAUACCUUCCACCUGCUCUUAUCGGUGAUUCGAUGAAACUGGAUGUCAGCGCGUCACACAAGGCGGUCCAAGCAAUAGCAGAUGCUCUCGGGUUAACGGUCUAUGAGGCAGCAGAGGGUAUACUGAAACUUGCGAAUGAAAAAAUGUAUGGUGCUAUCAAAAGUGUCUCCAUAGAACGGGGACACGAUCUGAGAGAGUACAGUUUAGUUGCAUUUGGCGGAGCUGGGCCACUGCACGCUUGUUCGCUUGCUGGACUGUGUCAGUCAUAUCCGGUCAUUAUACCUACUGCGCCGGGAGUUCUCUGUGCCUUGGGUGACGCUAUAACCUCACUCCGACACGAAGUUGGACGAACCUAUAUUCGCAAUUUGGGAGAAGUUGUGGCAUUUGAGAUUAUUGAGGUGUGCAAGAACCUUGCUGGACAGGCUGCACAAGUUCUUGAGUCGCAGGGCGUCCCUAAGGAGCGCCAGAAAUACUCUUUCGAGGCCGACAUGCGUUAUUCAGGGCAAGCAUUGAAUUUGUCAGUGGGGUUUGGCCUGAGCGAGCUGGAAACGGACGGAUUGUUGGUCUUGAAGAGAGAGUUCACCUCUCUUCACAAUUCGCUCUUCACGUACACAUUAGACCUUGGCGUCGAGGUCAUCAACCUACGCGGUCGUGCAGAAGAGGUUACCGAGGAGAUCAUUCUGCCCCAGCUAGAAAGAGGCUCUUCCGACGGACAGCCCGAUUCGAAGGCGUUUGUGGGCACAACCAACAUAUAUUGGAACGGGAAAUUUUACGUGGAUGCGCCUAUCCUCGAGCGGUCUAAGCUCAAAGACGGGAAUAAAAUAUCUGGCCCUGCAAUCAUAACAGAGAUGGACUCGAGCAGCAUUGUGAUGCCAGAUCAUCGUGCCGAAAUCGACUGUUUUGGCAAUAUCCUAAUGUGGCCUCUUGCAUCAGAAGAAGCUAUUGUAGUCGACCACACAGGGAGUAUUACCACUCAGCUUGUUGAAGCCGCGCUUGCCAAUGCGAGACUUGAAAUGGAUGGUCUUAUUUUACGGUCUGCACUAUCUCCUGCCAUGCGCGAGCAGUUAGAUUAUUUUCCGAUGAUCUCAGCUGGCAGUGGACCGAAUGACGGUAAAAUGCACUUCCUUAAAAUUUGGAAAGGGAGUAUCGAGGAAGGCGAUGUGUUCAUCACGAAUGACCCCUACGAAGUCCAGGGUGGAAUAUCACAUCUCAACGACAUGCUUGUGAUGCUCCCGGUGUAUCACAACGGAAAACGUGUCGCUUGGGCUGCAAACCAGGGCCAUUUUACCGAUGUUGGCGGGCAAACUCCGGGCUCCCUGCCAAUCAACUCGCACACUAUCUUCCAAGAUGGUAUCCAGAUACCUAUAUCCAAACUUUACGAGCGGGGCAAGCUAAAUACCGCAUUGCAAAAUAUCAUAUGUCGAAAUUCCAGAACCCCAGAUUUUGCACGAGCGGACCUCUACGCCCUUGUAGCCGCGUGUCGAAUUGCUAGUCAGCGAAUUUCUGAAGUCUGUCAUCGUUUUGGGACUGUGGCAUUCGAAUCUGCCCUGGAUGUACUCCUGGAGCGAAACAAGGUGGCCUUUGCAGAGCUUCUGCGAACCAAAAUACCUGCUGGUAGAAUGACAUUCAGUGAUUGGAUGGAUGAUGAUGGAACUGGAAUAGGUCCUUGGAAGGUUUCUUGUACAAUGUUCAAAGAGCCGCUGGAGGAUGGGACCGGCGAUCGACUGGUUUAUGAUUUUGACGGCACGGAUCCGCAAGCGGAGUCCGGUGUCAAUUGGCUGCUCAGUCCGACAACUUGGAAGAUGCGUUCAAGCGCAUACCUCAUCAAAGCACUCGAUCCUAGCAUCACCCUCAAUGAUGGUGCUUAUGAUCUCAUGGAUGUCCGGAUCCCUCUGGGCACUCUCCUCAAUCCCGUCCGUCCUGCUGCGUUGGCUUGCCGUACGCACUUGCUAGGCCGGACACUGGACUUGAUGAUUGGUACUCUUGGACAGCGUCAGCCUCAGUUCAUGACGGCUGCUGGCUAUUCAGACUCUCCCCACUUCUUUUACAGCGGUUGGAGAGCCGACGGAACGUGGUUCCAACUGUACCAGAUCGGAUUUGGCGGAGUUCCCGCACGGCCAAUUGGUGAUGGAAUGGACGGUCAUUCACUUUUUCCUUCCAUGAAGGCGGUCCCAAAUGAGUUUCUUGAGCUAUAUUUCCCUCUCCGCAUCGAACGGUACGAAACAAUCUGUGAUUCUGGAGGCGCAGGCUUCUACAGAGGAGGGAAUGGUGUCCAAAUCGAAUAUUGUUUCCUCCGUGCUGGAGAAAUUUCUUUGCAUGAUGAUCGGUGGUUAACGAAGCCAUGGGGCGUGAAUGGCGGAGAGCCUGGCGCUCGGUCGUCCAAGACACUCGUCAGGGCCAUAGAUCAAACAAGAGUUGUGUUGCCUUCAAAAGUCGACUUUGUUGCCGUCCGCGAAGGCGAUGUGCUUAUAUGGUGCACCUGGGGUGGUGGGGGCUAUGGCCUAUCAUAUGAACGACCAGCGGAGAUGGUUGCGAGGGAGGUCCGCGAGGGCAUGAUUUCUCGCCAGGGGGCCAAGCGAUAUGGGGUGUUUUUGACCGAUUCACUUGAAUUGGACGUGAAUGCAACGAACAGUAGACGCGAGAAAAUGAUUGUUCAACGAAAAGCGGAAGGAAAACAAGACGGCGAAUUCGAGAUCAAUCGAGGAGGGACACUCGCAGAGGCUUUUCGGCGAUGCCAGGCUGAGACUGGGUUGCAACCACCGAAGCUUCCUAGUGGACGCACACUUCGUGGACCUCCAGCGCGACUCCCGCACAUUGCUAUGUUGCAUGCUAAACGUCAACAGGAAGACAGAGAGGAAUUCGGAGCGGACUAUGAGCGAUAUGCUUAG